UUUUGGUUUUUUUUGAGACACCCUGUAUAAGUUGUGUUAACUGUAAUGUGUUUAUAGUCGGUCAUCUCUCUGUUCAGGUCUGUUCUCAUUCAAGAUGAAGCUGCUAUCUGUGAUAUGUUUAAUAUUUAUUAUGGCCAUGGAUGGCAUUGAAGGUAAACGUUUUUCCAACAAUAAAUGACAUUGAUUUGACAUUGAAGUAAAAGUUCAUUGGCAAUGGGUAUAGCGUAUUGUCAUAUAAAUUAAACUGGCGGCAUUAGUCUUAGUCCGCGUGUUGUAACCCGAUAUCGUUCACUUUCAUGAAGCAUGUCUUAGAUCUGAAAUAUUUUUACGGAAACUAACACUUUCGAACACGCUGAGUUCAAAUCCGAAAAGUUCCCACUCCGUAGACCCGCAGUUUUUUCACAAAAUGCUAUUUUACCUUCACUAAUUUCACAACAAAUUUUUUCAUUGUUCAACGAUACGGGUCGAUGACGAUACACGAUUAUGUCACUCGAAAGACCAAUUUGUAUUAACCAUUAUUCCUUUUAACAAAAGAUCGAUUUUGCUCGAAUCAUUUUGAUUUAUGCAAUCUUAUGCGUGUUGGACGUAAACAACAUAUCUUGUCUACAACUUUGAGAAGGUACAGAUAACGCUUUCUAAAAUCCUCAGUUCUAGAGAUAUCUCUAUAAAAUCACAAGGACACUAAUGCGAAGUCUUUUAGCUAUGUCACUGGCCUGAAAUAUAACUCUUUUAACGCGAUCAAGUUAUUAAAAACAAAAGUAACGCGAAGCAAACGUAACGGCAAAGACAGCGCUAAAAUGAAAUAUUGUCGAAUGGUUGCUGCUAGAAGACUUAGGACAGGAUCAAUCUUAAAUAACCUUAAACUAUGAGAAUAAAUGUUCACAUCAAAGACAAAGAUCAGUCCCAAAGUAUAAAAUAUGUUCUGUAAACUUACCACAAAGUCGAGAAAUGUGUGCAUUAGCUGUUUAUUUGAUGAUUUCAACGUAUAUAGAAGCCCUCUUUCCAAUAAUAUUCGCUUAUCGCACAGUAUAACACCAACUGAUGUAAUAGUUCAAAUGCAAUGAUAAGUUAAUCUCUUGAAUUACGUCUCGGAAACCGUGUUGGAAAUUUCAAUGCUGAUCCAUUACAUAUAGAUUACCGUUUUAUAUCUUUGUAUAAAACAUUUUGAUCGCAUGUAAGGAAUUAUUUCUCAUCCCAGAGACAUAGCCCAAAGACUUGACAUUAACGUCCUUGUGAUUUUAUAGAGAUAGAUUCAGAACUAAGGAUUUUAGAAGGAAUUAUCUGUACCUUCUCAAAGUUGUAGACAAGAUAUGUUGUUUACGUCCAACACGCAUAAGAUUGCAUAACUCAAAAUGAUUCGAGCAAAACCGGUCUUUUGUUAAAAGGAAGAAUGGUUAAUAGAAAUUGGUCCUUUUGAGUGACAUAAUCGUGUAUCGUCAUCGAUCCGUGUCGUUAAACAAUGAAAAAAUUUGCUGUGAAAUUACUGAAGAUAAAAUAGCAUUUUGUGAGAAAACUGCGGGUCUACGGAGUGGGAACUUUUCGGAUUUGAAAUCAGCGUGUUCGAAAGUCUUAGUUCCCGUAAACUAUUUCAGAUCUAAGGCAUGCUUAAUGAAAAUCGUUUUCUAGGCACUUUUCAAGGUCACAACACACGGACUAUCUUGGAAUAUCAGCCAUAUUGCAGCGUUCCUUGUGUCAUAUUCAUUCCACAAAAUAUAACUCAAUGUCAUCCACAUGGGAUCAAGAAGUGCUGACAUGCAUGCCAUGGUUGCAGGUCGAGUCUACACUAUAGUGUUUCUCCACAAAAACUAAUAAUAGCACUUACAGUACUAAACUCCUAACGAAAACUGUUUGAAACUCACCUCUCCCCGCCCUUGGUAAACUAGAAACAUGAAGGGUGGCAGUGCCUUUUUAAAUAAUAUUUUUACUUGGGCAAAUUAAAGGCAAACAUUUUUUAACUAGCAAAAAUGCGAACCACGCUUCACUAAGGUUUUCAUAAAAGAGUAAAAUGAUUUGGGGAGUGUUUUCAAUUCUAACUUUUAAUUUUUACCGCAACAUAAUCCAAAAUCAUAUUGAUUAUGCAAAUGUGACUAUAUAUUUUCAGUUGGUGGGGAAGUCCAGCCUCUCAAUCCAACCCGUGAAAAUUUAAAAAAUUAGGAGUCAAAGAGGCGCGGCAUUUUCUCCACUUCUAACUGUUUCGCUAAACCAAUAGUUGAGACUAUCUGAGUCAUCUGACAAGCACUCAAAUCAGUCUAAAUUUUUCAUAACUAAAUUUUCGAGUCUUUUCAAUUGUUUAAAUCUGACCUAAUUUCCUGUUAUCAGAAUGAAAAUCCUGAAGAGUGAGAGCCCCCAAUUCGGAGAAAAUUGCCAUUAUAAUGAAAUCGUCGAAUAAACUAAUUCCAAACCGUUGCCAAAACGAUAAUUCCGGGUGAAAUAAGUGAAGAGAGCAUGCAUGCAUAGGUAGGGUAGCCUAUGUAUAUAUAUAUAAAACCAGAGAACGUCUACAAAUUUAUUAACCUAUUAUAAUAGUUAUGGAAUAUUCUGGGCGCCAUUUACUGGGGCAUAACGGGGAGGAAUUUAGGGAAGUUAAAGGAAACACAUUGAUGUACAGAGCAUCCAUUAUUCACCGACACUGAGGUGGAUAAUUGUUUUAGCAUAUACCAUGCAUAACAAAACAAAAAUUACCCAAAAAAAACGAAAAGAUUUUCAAAACAAUUUGUUUUUCAGCUCCUUCAAUAUAGUUGCAAAAAAAACCCAGUAUUUACACGGCUCUAGUAUAAUUUUAGUCAUUAUAGAAAGAGCUUUAAAGAAUACUUCUAUAUAUAUAUACAAUGCUAAGUAAACAUUUGUGGAUUAUAAGAAUCUCGUGUUUGGCAAAACAGGCAGCUUGAUAAAGUACAAAUAUUUGGUCUCUGUAACCGGAAUGAAACCGGGGAAGCUAUUUUGUUUCUGCAUGUCUGGAGGUUAAUAGUGCAAGGAUAUGAGAGACCAAUCAGAUUGCGUGAAAAGUACUAUCCAUGCACCUCCCAAGUAAAUGCUAAUACCAAAUGCAUUGGCUAGUAGGCUACAUACAUAUUUUUCAGAGGCGCUAAUUAAAAAACAUCAAAUGUGGCCUGUUGAUAAUAAAUUUAGGCUCUUAUACAAUUUCAAGAUACUAUAUAUAUAAUUGGACAACAAAUACAAAACAAAUGCAUAAAAAAUACCUCAUCGUUCCAGGCAAUAAUCCCGUGUGGUCAGUGAUUCCUGGAAGACUGAUGCAAGUUGACGUGAGUCCAGCGGACGUUGUCUGGGGUGUAAACAGCGCUCACUUCAUCUUUCUCCGAGUUGGGUCUCAGGGGCAAUGGAAACACAUUAGAGGCUUGUUAAAACAUGUCUCGGUUGGCGAAGCGGGAGUUUGGGGAGUAAACAAACAAGAUGACAUCUGGUAUCGUGAAGGAGUAUCGUCAAGUAACGUAGCAGGAACUAAAUGGAAGAAAGUUGGUGGUGAGGAUAUUAAUAAUGUAUUUGUAAAAUGCCGUAUACUGUAAUGUUUCAUUAAAAUGUAGUAUACAUGUAGCUACGGUAUCACUCACUGCAUCUAGUGGCCGUUCGAUUAUCUAGGGAUUAAUCGCUUCAAGAAUUUUUUCUGACCAUAAAAGCCCGUUUUAAUGAAUUUUAUUCUGUUCUCUAGAAUCAAACUAAGCUAAUUCAACUUGGAAAUGUCAUUUUGUAUCGACCGCGUUCAUUAAAGCCAAUAUGAUAAAUUUAUUGAACAGUUGAACGAAUUAUCCUGCUUAACCGGCCCAGCCCCACUAUACAGCCCCUUACAUGGCAAAAAAUCACUGAGACGAUAACAUAGGCAAAUAAAACUAGUUCAGGCAAAUGUUUAAAUUAUCAGUAUAGACUUCACAGUUUAUUGCAUCUUUUCCUCAAUGACCUCGAUUUGAUGUUUGCUUGUUUUAUAGUAAUGCAGGCGCACAUGGUUAGUGCACAAAUACAUUUGCCAGUAUGGGGAAGGAGGGUUCUACGGCGGGUGAAGCGGGUGGAUCGCCUUGCUCCACACAUUCGUCAUCAUUUCUUCAGUAUUUUAAUUUAUUCACACUCACAUUAAUUUAUUUAAACUUACUUGAUAUUUUUGAACCGCCACCGUUUGUUUAUCAACAGUUUUUAGCUUAUUUCUGGCUACUUUGUUGCCGUUUGUUUAUCUACAGUAUUUCUGGCUACUUUGUUGCCGUUUGUUUAUCUACAGUAUUAUAGUUUAUUUCUGUCUUGAGGUAAUUAAUUAAGGGAUUAAGGCAAUACGAAUUUGCAUAACCAAUGGGAUCCUAAUGGAUAUAAAUGGAUAUUACUACUGGCGGUCGUGGGAAUGUUCAGGUCCAUGAACAGUCAAUAUUUUUGCUGAGCUCAGCAAUUUUUCGCGUCUCCAUGUCAUCUAAUGACUAUAAAUUUUGUAAGCGUUUUAUUUAAGUAUACGCAAUUAAAAAUAGAAAUUCGGCUUAAUUUUUUAAAUUUUGUGCUUCUUAAAGGAGCGUUUAGGUUAAUAAAUUGUAAAGCAGAAAUAAAACUCGCGACAUAUUUUAAACACCGCAUCUUAUUAGUUGCUAAGCCCAAGUUAACAUGGUUGUUAACGCCGUUGUUAUGGUCGAUAUUUGCAUAUUACAAAGUCAUUAAAAGUGAUUAACCCGCCUACCCCCUGUGCAUAUACCAAGCAAAAUGCAAGGGAACACAUUUUCGAUAUGGCUAGUAUACGUUGUGGAUUUUGCGAGAUAUAUCAAAAUUUCCUCUUGUUCAUAUCGAAAAUGUAUACCGCCCAAGUCAUUAACAGUCGUUAAGGGAAUACAAAUUAAAAUAAAUUAAAAUUUCUUAAGUGUUUAUUAUGGAUAGAUAUAGGGAUCAUUAAUUACGCAGACGUAGAUCUUAAAAUCGGGCGCGUGGCUUUGCGGGCAAAACUUUCCUCACUGCCUAAUUUAUUUGAUUCUGUAACAAAUAUACUUGCAGAGAGAUUCUUCUUAUUCUUUUAUAACUUUAUUGGGAAUACUAACAAUAACGAUAAAUGGGUGUUUCCCAAAAGGAAAGGUGCAAACGGGUCAGAAAAAGCCCAUGCGAGGCACCUCCCUUACAAACUUUACACAAAAAAUUACAUUACACUAUAAAUUAUAGUUGAGGUAAAGCUCGAUUUGCGCAUACCCACAGGAUCUCCAAAUAUGUAAAAUGCAUGUAAAUUUUGGAAAAAUUGUACGGAAAAUAAAACUAACGAACUUUACUUCAAUCAAAGAACUAUACAUUAUUUUAGUUUCUGUGACAUGGACAGUCUCGAACAAGAGACCAGGUACAUGGCAUGUCUACGUCAAAAACUGAAUUACGUAAAAACGAAUAAGUCCGACGAAGAAAGUUCUUAAAAGUAAAUAAUGUCACGAAGCUAUUAGGUGAUGCAGUUCUGCACACUACAUUCCAUAAAUGAACUGUUCGAUUAAAGUAAGAGUUUUUAAACGUAGUUGUUCUACAUAACGGCACUUGAAGUAAUAGACUAGGAUUUAAGGUUAGUCGAGAACGAUCAUGACUAACAAAACUAACAUAAUUGCCUAUAUCUAAGUCUACGUAACCGUAUAGUGCCUUAUAGAAGAAGACCAAGUCUUGGAUUUCUCUGUCAUAACACAGCGGCAGCAUGUCCAAAUUCUGAAGUCUCUCCUGGUAUGAUAUCUCACCUAUUCUUGAUCUUAGGAUCCAUCUUGUCGCGCGUCGUUGUAUUCUUUCGAUCUUGACUUUGAGGUAGACAUUGGAUGGAGACCAAAUUUCAGUACCAUAGCAUAACUUCGACUUUACAAGCGAUAUGUAUAAUGAACGCCGGAUUUUGGUUUCCGUCAAUAAAGGACAAGUUCUCUUUAGGAGACCAAGCAUCUUGUUAGCUUUAGCUGUUAUCAUUUGAAUAUGCGAGUUCCACAAGAGAUUGUCUGUCACGAUGAUGCCGAGAUCUUUUUCUUUCCGGACACGAAGCAACGAAGAUGAACCCAGAUGAUAGUUGUAAGUCACGGGAUAUUUCUUUCGAGUCACGCUCAAAUGAGCUGGGAUUGCCGCACCGAGGUGGCUGGAAGUUUCCCGAAUUCACCGAGCCAAGCGAGGUGGGUUCGGGAAAAUUCCAGCCACCCGAGGUGCGUCCAAUACCCUGACUCACCGAACCCGCAAGUAUGUUUGGUUUUUAUCACAUGCCAAAAAGUACUGAAGAAUUUACGCAUUUUAGAAUUUAGUAUAUAAUAUCUUGUUUGGAUAACAAACAUUUUAGCCGCUAACAUGCUACGCCAAACAAACAAACUUAGGCUUAAAUUGAAGCUCAAAAAAUUCUCUACAAUAUUCUCUUAUUCUUGAAAAGAGAAAAUGCACACAUUCUGCGAAAACAUUGCCAAGAUUUAUAUAAACCUGCCCGUGCCAAACAAAUUUCGUCAGCCAUCUAUCUUCUCUUCCACUUUGAAUACAGAAUAUUCCAUUUUUAUCAAACAAAAUAAAAAAAAUAAAUUAUAAAACAAUUAAAAACAGUUAAUUUAUUCUGAAAUUUGUUCAAAUCGCUUAAAAAUGGCCGCCGCCGAUCGAUCUCGAACCCCCUCCUAAACAUACGUCAGGUGGGUUCGACAUUGAACGCACCUUCUUGUAGCCAAUAGGAAAGCCGCUAAUACUCUAGGUAUGAAAUAAAAGCUUAGUCUAAAUAACUCGGAGCCUAUCUCGAAAUAUCGAGCCUAGCUCAGAGCCGAUUCUAAAUAGCUCGGAAAAUAGCUCGAAAUUAUUAUUAUUUUAACAAUGAACUUUUUUUGUAACCAAAAGGUUAAAUUACAGAAAUUCGUAACAACAUGAAACUAUGGCUAAAAAGUGCUAUACUAACUAUAUUAAUAAGAAUAAAUUGUGGUAGCUAAAUACUAAAAUAACUAGGUUUAAAAAUCAUUUGAGGUAAAAAAGAAUGUUUAAAGCUGUCCGUUUUGCAGAAUAAUCAUUAAUAAAAUUUACGUGGCAACCUUAAGUCAUAAUUAAUUUUGAUGUAUAUGGAUGUGGAAACAAGUCCAUAGAUAAACAAACGGUGGCGGUUCAAAAAUCGGUCAAGUAAGCUUAAAUAAAUUAACGUGAGUGUGAAUAAACUAAAAUACUUAAUUAAGGAAUGAUGACGUAAUGUGUGGAGCAAUUAAGGCAAUCCAUCCGUUUCAUUCUUUUGCCUUUGACCUUGAAUCCUAUCACAAACCUAUUUUUAACCUAUUGUGCAUUUGUGCACAAAACAUGAGGAAAUAACCAGUUGAAAAAGAGCCCAUUUGGGCAAGAGUACAAUAGGCACAUUGCGACUUUACUUCUUCUGAUGAAUGUGAACGAGGAGAUAGGUUGUGAAUGUUCUGAAUAAUGAAUAUAUGUACCCUUGUGUAAACAAUCGUAACUAAUCCACUUGUUUCACUUCAAAAGUAGCAUUUACAUCCAUUAGAAGAGAAAAAUCGCGGCUAAAAACGCAGCAAUAUUUCAAGUGUAAACCGACCUUAAGAUAGCUACAAUGGCAAAUUGAAUACCAGAAACUCUUUCCAGUCCUCCGGGGCCAAUCGUUUUUAACUAUCCGUUACGUUUUGUAGUCAAAUAAUGAUUAACUUAGACCCCACUUACACGAUGCUGCAUUUGUGCAAAUCGGAGCGAGUCGACGCUUUUCGGCUUCUUACAACUUUUAGUAUUCGAAGUUUUUGACUAAUUCUGUUAUAUGAUCAUAUUAUUUUGAGUGCUAUAUAAGCUCCCCUUGGAAUUGUAAAACUUGAUGACGCUCCGAUGCGAAUCCGGUAUCGUGUCACUGGGGCCUUAAUUGCACGCACGUAGUAUAAGUUGGAUAUGUAUAUAUAGCAAAGUUGUUCUAACAACUUGUCAACAGGAUGUGUUCGCACUGCUUGUUCCCAGCUUAUUGACAAGUUCUCAACGGCUUGUUGGAAACUUGCUGCAAGGUUGCUGAUCCCAACAGACUUGUCACAAGUCGUUCCAACUCACUUGUUAUCGUCCUGCAUUCAACAACUUGACAUGUCAACAAGUUGUGAGUGACAACCUUGUGGCAACUUGAUAAAAUAACAUUGUUACAAUUUAUUGGCAAGCUUGCUACAAGCCUGUUGCGAACACAUCUUGUUGAUUUUUAUGUGGGAAUUUUUACGUGGGAAUUUAAGUUAAGUACAUUUACGCUAUAGGGUAUCGUUAACUUAUCAAAACGUAAUUAAAGAUGGCGCUUUUAGGAGUGAACGACAUUUGUCAGUAAGUUUAAUGAAAAGCAACUCUUCCCUGUGCAGGUUUCGUGACAGUUAUAUAAGCGCUUCAAGCCAAUGGACAACUUGCAUGUUAGGCUAAAUUUUAAUCUAAGUAAAGUGAAGGGAAUAAAACACAACAGUACGUUAAAAAGAAAAUAAUGAAAUUAGUAAAAUUGCAAAAUUUGGUUACGAAAUGUUGUAAAAUGCAGGAAAUAUAGCCUUGCAAAGUUUGCAUAUUUUCAGUAUAUUUGUAUUACGUGUGGAAAUUGUUACCAUUUUCGGCUCAAAAAUGGUUACAAUUUCCGCAGGUAAUAAUUUAUAAACAUACUAAAAAUUUUACUGAUUUUAAUACUUUACGGGAAUUUACUUUUUUUCCCGCCAGUAAAUCAAAAAUUAGUCUAACAUGCAAGUUGUCUAUUGAUUGUUGUAAUGAACUUAAAAUAGAUUAAAAUUUAUUUAAAAAAUUAUUUUACUUCUUUGAAAAUGUCCAGCAGAGAAAUUGAGCUGUGUUCAUAGCCUAUGAUAGUCGAAUAUAACCUGUUUUGGAUGUGGCAAGCAUGUCCCUUCGCCUUCAGUGCUUCUGAUGAAACUGACUGCUACUGUAUAUGUAUGUUUCUCUGCGGAAAACAAAAAAUACAAUUAUAUAUAUUUUAAAAAUUAAAACUGAACAACCAGACAAAAACGGAAAACUUCCGAUUUCGUGGCUAUUAAUUAUAGCAAAUCCAGGAAGCCAGAUGUUGAAAAACAUCAGAAAAUUAGUCUGCAUGUCACUGUUUUUGAAAUUUCCACCAUAUUGAACCGUUUAGUUAACUUUCACAUCAAACUCUUGUUUAGCAUGUUUUUUUCUCCUUCGCCUGCUGACAAGCUUGUUGCUAUUAAUUAAUCAGCAAUUAUAAAUCCUGCGUGACGUGAUUGAUUACAUGUUAGAAGAAUUUCAAAGUCGGUCUUUGAGGAAAAUUGUUUACAAUACCUUCUACUUAUAUUAUGAAAGAAAUAGAAAAACUCGGCUCGUGCGCGUUCGUGCAUUAUCACACCGUAAACACAUGAUUAUUUUCAUGGCUUGAUAGAAAUUACCCUAAUGACAUUCGUUUUCUAAUUUUGUAGGUUUACUAAAGCAGAUUGACUCAGGACCACCUGGGAUUGUCUAUGGAGUUAACCGUGGAGAUAAUGUAUAUUGCAGGACAGGCAUAACAACAGCUAGACCUCAAGGAAAAAGUUGGAAAAUUCUUGACAAAAAACUUAAAUAUAUCAGCUGCGGAGUUUUGGGGUGUUGGGGAGCGAACGCCAAUGAUAAUAUCUUUUUUCGGGUUGGCGUGACUUCUGACAAAUGUGAGGGAACAAAAUGGAAACAUAUUAGCGGAAAAUUAAAGCAAGUUGAGGUUAGAUUGAUCUAUUCAUGUAAUUUAUUCAUUUAUUUAUUUAAUAUAUUAAUUCAUUUCGUUGAUCUAUACCAAUACUGCAUUAUAAAUCCAACCUGUUAUUCUCACCCUGUUAUUCUCAGAGCCACUACAGUAUACUGUUAUCUGAAAGGGUUGCCCUAAAUAUUACAGUACAAAUUCAUUAAUUUAUUCAUUCUCUUUGGGAAGAAAUCGAAAUAGGAAAAAAGUACGACCUCCGGCCUCUUUUGACCGACUGAUCAAUUCUGCUCACAAAACUUUCUUGUAUGCUUAAGAAAAUUGGCAUAACAUGCAAGUUACACUUUGCCAUUUUUAGUUUUCGACGCUUUUAGCUCUACGUAUAGAAUGGCGUUAGCCACCCGACAGAAUAUCCAAAUAACUGUGUAGAAAUUUCCAGACUUUCUACCCACGUUUAUCGGAAACGAAGCCGCCCGGCUAUGUUUGAAUGAUUAUGCUUUUAAGUGUGACGCCGUAAAUUUGCCGGUUUUGAUCACCAAUAAAGCGAAUCACCUUAACAUGAAAGAACGUCAUCCAAAAUUUGAAUCAAAUGCCGUUGAGGCGACUCACGGAUGAGAUCAAUUGAAAGUGACAGAAAGAAUUCAUAGAGCAGAUUGCAGUUGUUUUUGCAAACGGGCACGUGCGAAUUUUGCCAUUUGUCGUGCUUCUUUUGCCAAAUCAAAAGAAAGAAACGCGUGCUCCAGUCCGAUUUCAAGUUCUGAAAGGCCCGAUUUGCAGGCAAACAGUGCGAGCAAAGCGGGCUGGUCAUCAAUCCCAUUGUUUAAUCACUGUCCCACACUCAAGUAACCACAAAGACUCACAGAUGUUGCUUUGCAACAAAAUGGCUUCAAACUAUUGAGCAUUCUUAAAAACGGUGAAAUUUUUGUUGGUAGCGAAAGGUUGUAAUUAAAUGUUUUUUAUUACAUUUUUCUCAGGUAAGCAGUGGAGGUGUAGUGCUUGGAGUGAAUUCAGCCAAUCAGCUGUUUGGUCGUGAUGGUAUCACAGCGGCUAAUCCUACAGGGACGAGAUGGGUUUUUAUUCCUAAUCCAGGAUUUAAACAUGUUUCAGCUGGGAAAUCUGCUAUAUGGGCAAUUAAUGCAGCAGAUUACAUAUUCUACUAUGAUGGUUAGUAAUAUGUUCAAUUACAAUCUUCGUAGAAUGUGGCAGUCUCUCAACGCAGGUACAGUCACAGCGACAAUUUCCGGAGGACUCGACAAUGCAGCAGAUAUGCUGCUUGUCACACACCGCUGCGCAAAAGCAAUGUCUGAUUCGAGCAUUUGAGGUUUUAAAUUUCAGGAUAAGAAUGCAUGUAGCUAUAGUUUCACCAACUUUUUUAUGAGAUCGAAACCAGCCAAAUGCUAUCUGAAUAAACCUGAAAGUUUCGUGUGACAGUUUCCACCAGGAGCACGUCGUGGAAAAAGAUAUGUUGCUUGGCAAAUUUGCCGUUGCGGAAAAAAAUUUGUUUCUUGUUAUACUUUCCUUGUUAACCUAAGUUUUAUCCAGUUUGGCUUAGGGGCGGACCAUUUGAUUUUUGAGAGGGGGAGGGGUAGGAAGAUUUCGAAAAACUUUUCUGCAAUCCCAGGAGAAAGAAAAAAAAUCAUGCAGCAUACAAUCGAGAAAAAAAUAUCGAUCAUGCAAAAGAGAGCGCUCAAAAAAAAUCCUGCAUGUAAAUCUACUGACGUUCUUCACUUCAGUAUUGUGUCCACAGGCUUGCAAGAUUUUGGAUUUUUGAGCAGGCACAUUUGCUUAAAAGAACACGGUGAACCUGAACAGUGGAAAACAUCACAUGCAUUCUGCCGCCUUUGGAGCCUAUAACAUACGAUAGCCCGUGGCGUUCCCUGGAAAAAUUGUUGCCCCCCCCCUGAGAAAAUCUGGGCUUAAGAUAUGUACAAGUUUAUAAGUUAUUUAUACAUAUCUAAUAUGCAUGGUAGAAAAAGUAUUUUUGGAUGGUUGAAUCUGUGUGCGUUUUUUGAUAACAUAGCUCCAAACAAUAUUAACGCUUCAAAGGCCCAUCUACAGGAUGCAAGUUCAACGUACUGUAUAAUUAUACGAUGAUUUUAAAUUAAUGUGAAAAUGCCAGUUUAGUCUUUAGAGUCUAGAUUUAAAAAAAAAUUCUGAAGAGGAUGCAAUCCGAUCCCCCAACAAGCUAUUUGUAUGGGCGAUUGAAAAGCUACGUACAGAGCUAUAUAUUUGGUAGAACAUUGUUGUUUCGGAGGGCAGUUAAAAUUCGCAUUAUCGAUUUGUGAUUUUCCCUUGUUUAAAAUAAAGGACAGUAAGUGUUCCUUAGGCUUAGUACAGCAAAGUUGUUGGAAGAAUCCAUAGCUGAAAACGCAGGAAAUAGCAUUUCCGAGGUCCAAAUUUUAACAUUUUUUCCCCUGAACCCCCAAGGUUACAAGUCAUUCAUAUACUGUACCUCCCCCAUUUUCGAGUACUAUAUCCCUGCAUGUUUUAGCUAGGUUUUGGUGCAGUUAUACAUUUUUUGUAAGUAAACCUGCACGCUUUAGUGCGGGGAACAUUAAGACAUAACCAUAUAAAAUAAAGCACAGUGAAAAUUCCUUGGCCCCUCUUGGGAUUCAGUUCUCGGCCUCCUCUGACUGAAAACCCCGGCUACGUCUCUGGCGAUAGCUAUAUGAAAGCUUUAAGUUACUCUGUAAGCCGUUAUUGCGAGGGGCAAAAAAAAUAUCCUCCCGCGAAAUAUAUUGGGGAAAAAAUCUUGCGCUGCACUUUUCAAGGAAAAAAAUAUCUGUCUUAUUUCCCUGGGUGGAAAAAAAUCUUGCACAGUCUGAAUCUUCCCCCCCCCCCCCCCCUCAAAAAUCAAAUGGUUCACCCUUAACAUAAUAUUGCGAUCCUGGUUAAAUAUCCUAGUGAUUUUAAUGUGUUUUUACUAAAGGCUUGUUAAUUUGGCCAUAGCUAAGUCUUCCUAAUUAAAAACAUUAAGCAGGCUAAUUUGUUUUUAUCCGCCUAAAACUAUACAUAAAAUAUUAUACUCGACUGUGAUUGGUUGAUUUCAGUACAAUUAUAAUCUCAAACAGCAGUGCAAAAUCUGUAAUAACAGUGCAAGAAUAUGUAACAAACUGAUGCAAAUGAUGGAAAAAACAGUGGGAUCUACAGUCAAUCCAUUUGCUAAAAGCAAUAUCGUCAUGCAACGGUCAUAGAUUGCUUUAAAACAAAACAAACAUAGUGGCGCGCUAUACAAAGGUACAAGUUCAAUUCGGGUGCAAAAUAUGGCAUUUAUUUGCUUUUAAAAAUGGAAACGACUUUACUUUAAUUAAACAAGUUAAUAAUAUAGCAAAACUAUACUUAUAUAUUUUGAGUGAAACAUUUUAGCAGUUAUAGCGUUCUAUUAUGUGAAUAUAUGAUAAAGCAGAAAAACUUUGUCAGUGACCGAUUCGUUAUAAACGCAAGUUUUAAAAACUACAAACGUCUCAAACAUAUUUAAGUAUAUAAUUAAUCCCGGCACCUUCGAACAGUUACUAGAUCGACGCUCUACCAACUGAGCUACACGGGCAGGCGGAUUUAAGACUGGAAAUUAUGAACUAUAUACUGAAUGUAAUUGAAUGACAACACUAAAUUCACCAACCAAGAAACAACUUGGGAUUUGAAAAGAAAAAUCAAGUAAUUUUUCACUUACCGAGAAUAAUGUUCACUUACCGAGAACAGCUGUUCCCGUUCGAUAAUUUCCAUCCACAAAACCGCUCAAUCGAGUGUGUAAUGUGACUUCAACAAUUCUUGUUGGCAUACUUUUCUGUAUAAUUAUUAUUUGACUUUUGCCACAAUGGCCUCACUAUUGUGCACGACACAUGAACACGAGGCCACAAGAGUAAGAUUUGAAUGAACAGCACUUACAGGUUACUGGGUAAGCAUACACUCCGCGUUAUCAUGCAUAGACAUUACAUCACUGACCGAUUACAACAAGUAUUAUGUUUACUGAUAUUACUUACUUGCCCAGACUAUUUAUCUUUACAACAAUCGAGAUAUUAUUUUCCUUACCUUUUUUAUUCUAACCCAUCCUGUUUAACUUUGGGAGAAAACAAGAAUACCCAGAGAAAAUUUACGAGUUUCGGUAGAGCGUUGACAUGCAGACUCUUUUCACAUGAGUCCGUAUCGACAACCCACGAUCUCAGAGGUGAAAGGCGCUUGCGACCGCGCCAACUAAGCACCCCCCCCCCCCACCGCCGGAAUAAAUAAUUCCAUAACGACCGUUUGCAAUGUUGUCGAGCACUUUCUUUGCUUCGUUUCGGUAUUGUCACAUGUUGGGGCAAGGUUGGCGAGGAAGAACUUGAUGUGGUCGGCUUCGAGACGUUGUUUGGAGUGUCGGCAGUCGACACUCGAUGCUUAUGACUAAAAUCUUGGGAACCCACGCUGGAAAAAAGUUACUGGAGGACUGAAACAUGUCUCGGUUGGUAACGCUGGUGUCUGGGGAGUAAACCUAUUUGAUCAUAUCUAUUUUCGAGAAGGAGUCACAACAAGUAACUUGCCAGGAACAAAAUGGACCCGAAUAUCAGGUGAUAACAUUUUACAUAAUAUUCUCAGUCGUGAGAAAAUGUCGAACUUUGAUAUCCAAUACUUUAGAUAUCCAGUUUCUGCAAUGUUAAUUAAGGAGGCUUUUAUAGUUUUAAUCAAAUUAUUCAGACAUCAUGCAUAGAUCAAAUUUAAAAAGUGUCCACUAGGUUGUUAACUAUACUAUAGUUCUUAUAAGCUUUUUUUAAAGCAUAUUUUUCAUUUAUUAUAUUUUCGUUUAGUUUCUAUAUUAGUUUUUGAAAUGUUCAAAAGUCUUCUUCUAUUGAAAACAGUGACAUGUGGGAAGCUAAAACUUGACAUUUCGAAAUGCUGCCAGUCUGCAAUGCUGUAGUGUAAUACAAUUUCAUAUAUUAAUACUACAUGAAAUUCUAUUACAUUUCAGCAGUAAUAGCUGCAUGUAUAUACAGCUUUUCUUAUCAGAUUUAUUAAUUCAAUCAAUUGGUAUUUUAUCUGUUUUAUGAGCUGUUUCACUGUCUAUGUUUGACCAAUUUUAAGUGUGGUAAGCAUGUCCCUUCGCCUUCAACUCUUCUGAUAAAAACUCAAGUGGCUAUAUGUAGCUAUGUUUCUCCGCGAAAGACAAAAAAUGCAAUUAUAUAUUUGAAUUUCAAAAACUAGAACUGAUUGAACUAAACCCAGGGACGCCGGAACUGGGGGGCAGGGGGGGGGCGGCUGCCCCCCUUGCCCUUUGGUAGGGGGGCAGGGGGGGCAGAAGUGCCCUUUUAGUUGUAAAAUAAUACGUGAUAAAUCACAUUUCCAACGAUGCUUUUUGUAGGAAAAUCACGAGAUUCAGGUAAUUUAUAGUUUAUAUUUAUAAAAAUUUUUGGAAAUUUUUGGAAUUUAGAAAAAUAUUUUGAAGAAAUGGCGAAAAUUUAAGAUAUCCGGAAAAAUUUUUGGCUUCAGGGAAAAUUUUUGUAUGUCCGGAAAAAUUUUUUGACCCCUAAAAUGGUACACUGACCGAAGUUUUUUUGGCGGGGGGGGAGUUCGCCAAAAAAUUUUGCAGUGAAAAAACAUUUUUCAGUAAAGGUGCCCUUGGUGUGCGUCCGCCCCCCUUUGCCCUAUUAUCGUUCCGGCGUCCCUGACUAAACCUCUAAUUCCAUUGCUGUUAUGGCAAAACCAGUAAGUCAGAAGGUGAAAAACAUUAGAAAAUUAGUUCUUUGAAUGUUUGCAUGGCGAUAAAAUAUAAUUCUUUUUGUUUGUGGAAACACCACGUAAACGUGGUGUUUCUUACGUGGUGUUUCCACAAACAAAAACAAUUAUUAGAAAAUUAGUCGGCAUAUCACCUUUUUUUAUUUCCACCAUAGUGAGGAACCGUAUAUUUCACUUUAACAUUCAACUUUUGUUUGACAUGUUUUUUUUCAUGUUUUUUUGACAUAUUUUUUCUUUUGUUGCUAUUAAUUAAGCGACAGGUAAAGGAAUGCCCGUAAAGUGACUGAUUACAUAUUAAGAGAAUUUCAAAGUUGGUCUUUGAAGAAAAUUAUUUACUAUGCAAUAUCGUCUACAUAUAUUACAACAGGAAUUGAAAAACUCGGCGUUCGCGUGCGCCUUCGUUCAUUAUCACACCGUAAACAAAUGCGACUUGUUUUCUUUUUCUUAAAUAUUGCUUUUUGAUUAUUAUCAUGGGCAUGAUUAUAGACAUUACCCUAAUGACAUUCGUUUUCUAAUUUUGUAGGUUAUCUAAAGCAGAUUGAUUCAGGACCACCUGGGAUUGUCUAUGGAGUUAACGGUGGAGAUAACAUAUAUUGCAGGACCGGCAUAACAACAUUUAGACCUCAAGGAAGAAGUUGGAAAAUUCUUGAUGGAAAACUUAAAUAUAUCAGCUGCGGAGUUUUGGGGUGUUGGGGAGUGAACGCCAACGAUGAUAUCUAUUUCCGUGUUGGCGUGACACCUGGCAAGUGUGAGGGAACAAAAUGGGUACAUAUUCGCGGAAAAUUAAAGCAAAUUGAGGUUAGCUUGAUUUAUUCAUGUAAUUCAUUCAUUUAA